GUGACAACAAGGCGGCGUGUGGCAGCUGAGAGAGUGUGUGCCUGUCCCUCUCCCUCUCCCUCAGUCACCUGGAAGACACAGAGUAGGGAGUUACCACGUGGGCCUCUUACCCUAUCCAUGAUGCUGGUGCUGCGGUCCCUGGUGGUGGUGGCGGCGGUGGUGGUGGGCGUGCUGGGGGAGGGCACGGAGGGGGAGGAGCGGGCGAGGCUGCUGGCUGCCAAACGUGUCCACAACCUGUACCUGGUGGAGGGACGGGACAUUGUGGUACAGUACUCGGUUCAUAAUGUGGGUCAGGCUGCCGCUGUCAAUGUCCAGCUCACUGACUCUGGCUUCAGCGCCGAGGACUUCGAGAUAGGCGGGGGACAACUGCAGGUGAAGUUUGACCGCAUUGCUCCCAACGCCAAUGUCUCGCAUACAGUUGUAGUGCGUCCCAAGAAAUAUGGAUACUUCAAUUUCACUGCCGCUGAAGUUUCCUACCAACCUUCUGAGGACUCGGCUGAGAUCCAGAUUGGUUACACUUCCGAGCCUGGCGAGGGAGGAAUCAUUGCCUUCAGGGACUACGACAGGAAGUUCUCCCCCCAUGUGUUUGAUUGGCUCAUCUUUGCCCUGCUGAUGAUCCCUGCCCAGCUCGUUCCCUUCAUGAUGUGGUACAACAUUAAGUCCAAGUAUACUGCCGUACAGAGGCCCAAGAAGGGAAAGACUGAGUGAGGCAGCACCUGUACAUGUCUGUGUGUUUGUGUAUCUGUGUGGCUGUGUGGCUGCGUGUGUGAGAGAGAGUAAAGAGUUCAUGAAGGAGAGGAGUGAAUGUUGUGCUGCCAAGGUGCCUCGGUGCAGUGAAGCUUGGGGUUUAGUAAUAAAAUGAAAGAUGUUUUUAUUUAUUCAUGAUUAAUUGUUGUUUUUUUAUUUUAUUUAUUUUUCCUCAGGUUUUCACUCUCAAAAAAGGAUUAAUACUUGUAUUUGAUCUCUGUUUCAUUAUUUCAUUUAGUUACCAUUUUCUUCCCCCUUGACUUGGUACUGUUAUCAAUCUUUGUCUUCUUGGUAAAAAAGAAAAAAUGUCAAGUUUUCCCUUCUAAAUAUUUGUUUCUUAGUUCUGUCCUGGUAUAUGUGUUGUUAUUGUGUGUGUAUGUGUGUGUGUGUGACGGUGCUGUGAGGGUGAAGUGUCAUUUGGGUUAUGUUUUGUAGAAAAAUAAAUAAUUCUACUAA